AGUUACGCUCGCCGAGCACUCAAAGCUUGUCCAGGGGGUCCCCGCCUACCAGAAGGGGGGCAGUGGGUCCCCGCACGACUACAAUAAAAGGAAGCGCGGGCUAGCCCGGCUCUCGCAUUCAGGCCGAACAGCCGAGGCGCUCGCUUCUCAGGAGCCUGGGCAGCCGGUGCUUCGCCUCUGCAAAUUUGCACUGGGGCGCCUCAGCAAGCGAGCUCUUCCCCUCCAGGCUGCGACUGCGAGCCAUCCAGGCGAAAGCUCAGUCCUGCUGAGAGGCCUGUGCUCAGCUGAGCGCUCCUGCCCUGCGAGGUGCGGCGGGAGCCCGAGCCUCGCGGAGUCGGUAUUUGUGCCGCCUUCCCUCUCGGACGGAGAGUUCAGCAUGAAAGGGGCGGCAGCACGCCUGGCGCUGAGAGCCCUGCUCCUCUGCCUGGCCGCUCGGGGCAGCCCGCUGACCGAGGAAGAACUGGUGGUGCCUGAGAGGCUGGACUCGACCGAGCAGCACCCGGCCGAGGAGCGGCUCUACCGCCUGACCGCCUUUGGCCAGCACUUCAGCUUGCAACUGCAACCCGAUAGCAGCUUUUUGGCGCCGGACUUGACGCUGCAGUACGUGGGCAGCCGCCCCCACACGGGGGAGGCGCCCGAGCAGCCUGGAGACGCUGACUUGUCCACUUGUUUCUACGCUGGGACUGUCAACGAGGAUCCUGUCUCUGCUGCCGCGCUCAGCCUCUGCGGAGGGAUCCGGGGCGCUUUCUAUUUGCGGGGAGUAGAGUACCUCAUCCAGCCUGUUGAUGUCACGCUCCCACAAGGAGGAGGGAGGCGCCAGCUUCACGUCUUGCGGCGCCGGCUGCAGACGAAUCCCCACCAGGGCGGCGACACUAAGUGUGGGGUGACGGACAGCAGCUUCCCCGUGUUCGUAGACGUUCAGCAGCCGCAACACGUAAUGCGCUCAGGACAUGGAAGUACAAGAAAAAAAAGAUUUGUGUCAAGCCCUCGGUAUGUGGAAACCUUACUGGUAGCAGACCAGUCCAUGGCAGAGUUUCAUGGCAGUGGACUGAAACACUAUCUCAUGACACUCAUGUCUGUGGCAGCCAAGUUGUACAAGCACCCUAGCAUCAGGAACUCCAUCAGCCUGAUGGUGGUGAAAAUAAUGGUCAUCUAUGAUGAGCAGAAAGGACCUGAAAUAUCCUCAAAUGCUGCCCUCACCUUAAGAAAUUUCUGCAAUUGGCAAAAGCAGCACAAUCCUCCCAGUGACCGGCAUGCUGAGCACUAUGACACUGCAAUUCUUUUCACCAGACGGGAUCUCUGUGGUGCCAAGACAUGUGAUACUCUUGGGAUGGCUGACGUGGGAACAGUUUGUGAUCCAAACCGCAGUUGCUCUGUCAUAGAAGAUGAUGGCUUGCAAGCUGCCUUUACAGCCACUCAUGAGCUGGGCCAUGUAUUUAAUAUGCCACAUGAUGAUGCAAAACAGUGUGCCAGUAUUAAUGGCAUAAGCAGGGAUUACCAUAUGAUGGCAUCUAUGCUUUCAAAUUUGGAUCGAAGCCAGCCUUGGUCUCCAUGCAGCGCUUACAUGAUUACUACAUUUUUGGACAAUGGUCAUGGUGAGUGUUUGCUGGACAAACCUCACAAGCCUAUACAGCUCCCUUCUGACCUACCUGGAACAGUGUAUGAUGCCAAUAGGCAGUGCCAGUUCACCUUUGGAGAGGAAUCCAAACAUUGCCCUGAUACAGCCAGCACAUGUACAACCUUGUGGUGUACUGGAACCUCUGGAGGAUUGCUUGUAUGCCAAACCAAACAUUUUCCUUGGGCAGAUGGUACCAGCUGUGGAGAGGAGAAGUGGUGUGUGAAUGGCAAGUGUGUAGACAGGAAGCAUUAUGAUAUGCCUGUCCAUGGAGGUUGGGGACCAUGGGGACAGUGGGGAGAGUGUUCAAGGACAUGUGGUGGUGGAGUCCAGUAUUCCGUGAGAGAGUGUGACAAUCCAGUUCCAAAGAAUGGAGGAAAAUACUGUGAAGGGAAACGGGUGCAGUACAGAUCUUGUAACAUUGAAGACUGCCCAGACAGCAAUGGCAAAACCUUCAGGGAGGAACAGUGUGAAACUCACAAUGAUAUUUCCAAAUCUCAUUUUGGGAGUGGACCUGCAGUGGAAUGGACACCCAAGUUUGCUGGCGUCUCGCCCAAAGACAGAUGCAAGCUUAUUUGCCUUGCAAAAGGCACUGGCUAUUUCUUUGUUCUUCAGCCAAAGGUGAUAGAUGGAACAUUAUGUAGUCCAGAUACUACUUCAGUCUGUGUCCAAGGGCAAUGUGUAAAAGCUGGAUGUGAUCGCAUCAUUGGCUCCAAUAAGAAGUUUGAUAAAUGUGGUGUCUGUGGAGGCAAUGGUUCUACAUGCAAGAAAGUAUCAGGCAUGCUUUCUAGUUCCAGCCGUGGUUACCAUGAUAUUCUUGUGAUUCCUGCUGGGGCAACAAACAUAGACAUUAAACAACGGAAUCACAGGGGCACAAGACAGGAUGGUAGCUUCCUAGCUAUUAAAGCUGCUGAUGGCACCUAUAUUCUCAAUGGUGACUACACACUAUCAACAUUAGAGCAAGACAUCAGUCAUAAAGGCAAUGUUUUGAGGUACAGCGGCUCAUCGGCCUCUUUGGAAAGAAUCCGCAGUUUCAGUCCACUGAGGGAACCUUUAACAAUACAAGUCCUUACUGUAGGUGACUUGCCACGCCCUAAAAUAAAAUAUACAUACUUUGUGAAGAAACCAGUACAGUCUGGGCCUGAGAAGCCUUCUAAUAAAAAGACAGAAUCUUUCAAUGCAAUCAAAGAAACAAUUGUAUCUGAAUGGGUUAUCGAAGAAUGGAGAGAAUGUUCAAAGUCAUGUGGAACUGGAUGGCAGAGGAGAUCUGUGGAAUGUAGAGACCUCAGUGGACAGCCUUCAGCAGACUGCGCAAGAGAACUGAAGCCAAUUGACAUCCGGCCGUGUGCAGACACUCCAUGCCCACGGUGGCAGUUAGGAGACUGGUCACCAUGUUCUAAGACAUGUGGGAAAGGUUUCAAGAAGAGAUCAUUAAAAUGUGUUUCAUUUGAUGGUAUCAUAUUGUCAAAUGAAAGCUGUGACCUCUUAAAGAAGCCUAAACAUUUAAUAGACUUUUGCAAUGUUACAAACUGCAACUAAGCCAUAACAGGUUGAGAAAGCUAAUGGUGUAAGUUUCAGACCAAAGCACUGAAAAGGAGGGUGAAAGGUAGCAAUUGUGUAAUUUUCAUUGCAGAAUUCUCCACUGGGAAUUUACUGAGAUGGGGCAGUGCAAAUAAUGUUGGACAGAGAGGAUUCUAUCAACUGAAAACCUGAUAAAACAGCAAACUAAUGUCGCUAGCUAUUUCAUCUUCAGCACUAAAGCCCUGAGGCAUUACAAUUUCCUCUUUUAAGUCUGUUACAAGUUAAACAAAACAUAGUCAGUGGCCAAAGCAAGUUUAAACAAACAUUUCAAUGUUUUAGUGAUUUCAUCUUUUUUCCCCCCUGGAGUUGUGUUGCAGUACUGAAAAAAAUAUUUUUUCUUCAAAGUUGGGAAUGAGAAUGACCAUUUUUUGUCUAAGCUUAAUAAUUGGUCAGGUCUUGCCUACCUCACAAAGAGCAAAACAAACAAC